UUUUUCAAUCUGCUUCUCAAUGUCGAGCGUUUUGCUACCGCCGGCGGUCGUUCCGAACGGUUUUCCGAGCAACAUGUGUCGCCGUCGUCCUGCACGCGCCGCCGAGUUGAGUGCGGUUAGGGUCGUCUUGUGAACGAAUUUCAACGGGUCUUUUCUCGCGUACUAUUUUUUAUUAUAUUUGGUUUUACUCUACCGGUCGACUAUCUAUUGUGUGUUCGUCGAUACGGGUCCGAAACUGGCGUAUUACCGACGGGACGCCGUCACCGCGUACUUGCCGCCGCCAAAAGCCGACGCCGACGAACCGAUGGAGCCCGGCGGAUGCGCGGCCGCCGGCCCGUCGGCCGUCUAUCACCGCAACAGUUACACGUCCGUCGCCGUGCCGCCGACCCAGUCCGCCUAUCACCAUCACCGCAACAACCCUUAUGCCUAUCACCAUCGUUUCAGCGGUGCCGCCGCCGCCGCCGGAUAUCACCACCAGCACCUGGUGUCCGCGGCCUCUUUGUCGGCCACCGCCACCGUCUAUGACAACUGUACUGCUUCUUCGACGCUGUCCUCUCCGCCGCCGUUGCAAAUGCCUCCGGUCGCUUCUUACUGCAUGCAACAACAACAACAACAACAACAGCAGCUUCUUAACAACAACAAUAACAACAAUAAUAUGCCGUCUCCGCCUCCGGCCAUUCCCAUACUGUACAAUCAACAACAUCACCAUAAAAUCGCCAACAACAACAUACCGGUAUCACCGCCGGCGGCGUCCGCUGCGUACCACCAGGCCGCCGCGGUACCGCCGCAACAGUACCACGACUGUUACGGCGUGCCCGCGUACCCUUCGGUCGACGAAAUGGCACCACAACAACAACAACAACAACAGUACCACGUCCAACAGCCAGCGCAGCCGCCGCCGCCAACAAUCCUCCAGCCUCAACAACACCAGUUAAUGUCACCGCCGGAGACGCCUCCACAAUACAUGCACCUCCACAACGACGAUUACAGCAUGUCUUCGUCCGACUUUAACAAAUCAAGCAGAGCUCAACGAAAUUUGGCCGAAAAACAGCGGCGGGACAAAUUGAAUAAAUACAUAAACGAGCUGUCCACUCUGGUGCCGUUGGUUUCUAGUUCUCCGAAAAAAUUGGACAAGACCAGCGUGCUCAGGCUCAGCGCGACCUGGCUGCGGCUUAACCAAAUGUUAACGGCGUUCAAAGAACAAAGAGAAAAAUUGCCCAACUACCUGAAUUCGGUGAACCUCUGCGAACUGCUGAUGGACGACAGAGACAUCUACCUGUUGGUCACGUCUACUGGGAAAAUCGUGUUCGUUUCGCACACCGUGGAAAACAUUCUGGGACAUUCUCAAAGAGAUUUAAUGGGCCAUUCGCUGUUAAAUAUCACUUGUCCGGAAGACCACGACGAACUCCGCAAUAACCUCAAGUACACGAUGGACGACCAACAGCCGUCCAACAAUAUGGUCGCCGCCACCCAGGACCAAGUCGACGGCGUUGUCUCCAUGCCAGAAGGAAAGCGCAACCGACGGUUCAACAUACAGCGUCGUUCUUUCUACAUGCGUUUGCUCAAACGGGCCGUUUCUCGCGGCGAACAACCCGAAUACGAGUUGGUGCACGUGGUGGGCACGCUGAUGAUACCCAAUAAAGCGAAAGCUACCAAAGAUGCCGUGCUAAGCGGCAACGACAUCGUACUGAACGCCGUGGUGAGACUGUACAACGAACGUCGGGUUACCGAAGUGUCCAUGUUGGAAGCCACCCGGGAAGAGUACAUCACCAGACACCAUAUCGAUGGCCGUAUCAUUUAUGUCGACCACAGGAUAUCGGUCGUAUCCGGUUUCAUGCCUAGUGAAGUGUCCGGAAAAUUAGCGUUCACCUUUAUGCACAAAGACGACGUACGCUGGGUGAUGAUCGCUCUCAGACAAAUGUAUUUCAAAGGCGAGAGUUACGGCAGUAGCUGCUAUCGUCUGAUGUCGAAAAAUGGCGAAUUCGUCUACAUGAAGACUUACGGUUACCUGGAGUUGAACUCGAACGAGGAUUCGAUUGAAUCUUUUAUUUGCGUCAACACGCUCGUCAGUCCCGAGGAGGGCAAGAAAGAAAUAAUCAAAAUGAGAGAAAAAUUCACCCCGCUCAUACGCAAUCGGACCGAACCCGGUAUCGCUGCGAUCUCCGGCGAUCAAUCCAUGGAAGCCGAUUCUACGACGUCGCUGGAGCACGCCUCCACCGAAGAUCCCAAAACGUUGGACAUUGUUGUGGAACAAAUGAUCGCCAAUAUUCCUGCUCCGGCUAUUGACAACGUCAAGGAAACCGCGCAGAACAUGGGACCGCUGCCGGACAGUCAGUUCAUAAAGGUGGCGAUGCUGUCUAAGUCUUUGCCUCCCGUGUCCAAGUCGCCCAACAUGCCCAAGAUCGACAAGCGGUCCUCGUUAUCGCCACAACCUAUUGCCGUCAAGCCGCCGACACAAGACAGGCCGUCUGUGCUCAGAGUGGCGCCACCGAUGGCCCGGCAGCCGGUGGUUGUAUACAGUCCGCAAGCCGACGAGGCCAGCGCUGAAAAAGAUCGAGAGUACUACGAACGGCGGGGUGAAAUACUGGUUCAUUCCAAGCGGCAAAACGACAUGGAGUUACCCGAGACGGCUACGAAAAAGGCAAAAAUCGUGCCGGACUCGCCCGUUGAGUCACCCGCCUGCAGCCUACAAGACAGCAGUUGUCAGUCCGAUUACCAACUAAACCCAAACGACUUUGUGUCUUUAGACGGUCUUUCCACUUUUGAUGAUACGCCGUCCCAGUUCGACACUCACAGCGUUGACGAACACGACAUAGAUCUAGAUCCUUUAACCGAUGACAAUAUUAUGCCUGGUCUCUCACAUAUAUCGUUCCAACAAAUACUAACUGACAACAAUGGCAAACCAGUCAAUAGUCUAUACUUGCAAUCCGAGAAAUUCAGCGCGUCUCUUCAGUACGACCCAAACGGUCUUUACAACGACGAAACCCUCUCGGACAUUAACCAUAUACCCCUCAUGCAAGUAUUAAAACAAGAAGGAGACAUUGAAAACGACAUGCUCGAAAAAGAACAGCGCAAUUUAAAUAUAAACAUCGAACGACAAGGUGUCCAAAUUCACAAUAUACAAUCUGAUUUGGAGUCGUUGCCUUCCAGGGCGGACGCUCACUUUUUGACAACCAAUUUUUCCACACUGAAAACCGAGCACGAAAAACAGAAACAAAUGUUGCGGUCGCUGAAAGAAGGACGACAAAAUAUACUUAACAGUCCCGUUGGAUUUCAACCGAACAUUGGCGUCUAAUCGGCCGACGUUUGUUGUUAAUAUUAUGACUAUUUAUCUUUCCGUUUGACAAAAAAUUAAAUUAAAAAAAAAUAUUUAAGUGAGUGAGAUUACUAGUACUUCAAUUAACUGUAAACAAACAAAUUAAAUUUCAAAAUUUGUUGUAUUUUUUAUUAUUAUUGUUAAUAUUAUCGUUACAGUUAAAAAUUAUAUUGCCGCGGUAUAUUCUCCCGGACAAGCGUGACAAAUCGGGGAAAUUUAUCAUAUUCGUUAAGAUAUUAUUAAUAGUAAUUAGAGUUAAGUUUGUAAAAAAAAAAAAGAUAGAGUUAUAUGUAUAAAAAAAAACCCUUUCCCUUGUAAAUUAGCUGUUUGUUAAUUUUUUUGUAUAAAACUAUUUUUAAUUUUUAUAACGUUUUGCUUCUUUUAUUUGCCCCCCACCCCCCUGAGUUACUGUUAUUAUAUCAUUAAUAUUAUUAUUAUUAUUAUUAUUAUUAUUAUUAUUAUAUUAUUAUUUUAUUAUUAUAUUUUUAUUAUUAUUAUUAUUAUUAUUAUUAUUACUACUACUACUACUACUACUAUCGUUACCUAGUAUUUGUAUGAGAUCCCCAAGUAGAUUUUUUUUU